AUGCUACGAAAGUACUGCCCCUGGUUCAGGCGCACGUCCAAACGCCGCGGCAAUGUGUCUGCAGACAUGAAAAACACUCCGCCGCCAUAUGUUAAAGCCCAAAACCAAGACCCAGUCCCACUCAUAAAUCCAUUGCCGCCGACCGAUCCAGUACUACUACUCACAGACCCAAUCACCAUUUCGCGUAUUGCUCCUCAUCAGGAUGCUAUUAUAGGCGGCGCAACCCUCGCAUGUACCUUGUCCUCUGCGGCCAUUACUGCACGCGCACUAGCUGAGAACCCGGAGUCGGCUAUUGCCAUGGCCAAUGCAUUGCAACGUAUAAAAACAACAGUCACAACCGUGCUCACUGCUCGCGGUAUACCUUCCAACUCGCCAACGGCUGCCACCAUCUGGGCUGCCUUUCUUGGCUCCUCAAUUCGCAAAGCUCGUGAUGUUGCUGAUCGGCUGGACGAGCCUGACUUGGCUAGCCAAGAGGCGGCGCGUCUUGAAGGAUUAUUGGCAAGUGGCGGGGCUGAUGCGAUAGCAAUCCAAUACUGCAGGCGCAUUGGGAUUGCAGUUGCGACUUAG